UUGUUCGUUUACUGACUCGAACUCACUUACCAUUCGACCAAUUCACUCUUGCCAUCCAUUUUGAUCAUUUCCAACUACUAGCCACCAAAAUUUUAACUGUAAACCAAAACUUAUCUUCAUUUCAGAGUUCCACACAUCUCCAAACUGAAUUCUCAAGUGUUUGGUCAGUUCUACUGAAUCAAUGAUCAGCUGCAACCUCAUUCCUCUCCCUUCAAAAACUAACCUGAAACCUCCACCAGAUACCCAAGAUCUUCAUUCUUCCCGUUCAAAUCAUCAUGUACACAAUCUCCGUUUCUCCCAUCACAUUAAAGGACCAUCAAAAUACCCAAAACACACCAAUUUGCCCAACUUAUUAUCAGUCCAUACAAAGAACCCACAUGCCAUUUACAAAGAUAUUCAAAGAUUCGCUCACCAAAACAAGCUUAAAGAAGCACUUACAAUUCUUGAUUAUUUAGACCAUCGUGGUAUUCCAGUAAACCCCACUACAUUUGCUUCCCUUAUUGCUGCUUGUGUUCGUUUGAAAUCUUUAAGUUCUGCGAAAAUUGUGCAUACCCAUGUAAUAAUUAAUGGGCUUGAGAAUAAUGAGUUUAUACAGACUAAGGUUGUUAACAUGUUUGCGGCUUGUGGAUCGAUUGAAGAUGCGAAGAAGGUGUUUGAUAAAAUGCCUGUGAGAAGUGUGUACCCGUGGAAUGCGUUGCUUAGGGGUAAUGUGGUAUUGGGUGGGAGUAAUUAUGGUGAAGUAUUGGGUACGUUUUCGGAUAUGAGGGGAUUGGGGGUGGAACUGAAUGUGUAUAGUUUCUCUUGUUUGAUUAAGAGUUUUGCGGGUGCUAGUGCGCUUUUUCAAGGUUUGAAAACUCAUGGGCUUUUGAUCAAGAAUGGUUUUUUAGGAAGUGAUAUUGUUAGGACUAGUUUGAUUGACAUGUAUUUUAAGUGUGGCAAGGUUAGGCUUGCGUAUCGCGUGUUUGAGGAAGUUGAGGAAAGGGAUGUAGUUAUGUGGGGUGCGAUGAUAGCUGGUUUUGCUCAUAAUAAGCUGCAAAGGGAGGCAUUGGAGUAUACUAGAUUGAUGAUAAAGGAGGGACUGGAGGUGAAUUCUGUUAUUCUAACUACUAUCCUUCCGGUUAUUGGAGAAGCACGGGCAAGCAAACUUGGCAAGGAGGUACAUGCUUAUGUGAUCAAGACAAAGGAAUACUCGAAGCAGUUGUUCAUUCAAUCUGGUUUAGUUGAUAUGUAUUCCAAGUGUGGAGAUAUUGUAUCAGGAAGAAAGGUGUUUUAUGUAUCAAAAGAGAGGAAUGCAAUAUCUUGGACUGCUCUCAUCUCGGGUUACAUUUUAAAUGGAAGACUUGAGCAGGCGUUGAGAUCAAUUGUGUGGAUGCAACAAGAAGGCUUCAAGCCUGAUCUUGUAACUGUCGCCACCGUUCUCCCUAUUUGUGGGAAACUGAAAGUAUUAAAGGAAGGAAAAGAGAUUCAUGCUUACGCAGUGAAAAAUGGGUUUUUGCCAAAUGUAUCUGUAAGUACAUGUCUAAUGAUGAUGUACUCAAAGUGUGGCUUGCUUGAAUAUUCAUCUAGAGUUUUUGAUAGCAUGGAGAAGAGGAACAUUAUAGCAUGGACUGCCAUGAUGGAUUCAUAUAUUGACUCUGGAUGUCAUGAGGAGGCACUUGGUGUUUUCCGGUCAAUGCAGUUGUCAAAGCACCGGGCAGACUCUGUUGCAAUGGGAAGGAUUUUAAGUGUUUGUGGAAAAUUAAGACUUUUGAAACUCGGGAGAGAAAUACAUGGUCAGAUUCUGAAGAAAGAUAUAGCAUCUGUACCUUUUGUUUCAGCAGAACUUGUGAAGAUGUACGGGAGUUGUGGUGGAAUUGAUAAAUCUAGGUUUUCCUUUGAUUUAAUACCCGUAAAAGGAUCUAUGACAUGGACUGCUAUUAUUGAGGCAUAUGGAUUAAGUGGCCAAUACAGAGAAGCAAUAAACGAGUUUAAGCAGAUGAUAUCGAAGGGCUUUAACCCAAACCAUUUUACUUUUAAAGUUGUUUUUUCUAUUUGUGAGAAAGCUGGAUUUGCUGAUGAGGGCUGUCAAUUCUUCACCAUGAUGACACGAAAAUAUAAGAUAAAGGCAUCUGAAGACCAUUAUACUAGCAUCAUUAACCUUCUACAUCAUGUUGUUAUCAUGGAGAUCCUCUUAAAGGUGCCCCCAAAGUCUCUGUUGAAAUUCAUGUCCGUUUCAAAACCAUGGCUUCGGCUAAUCUCUAGCCGUAAGUUAGUAAAGACUCAUGUGAAAUUAACAGCUAAUGACAAAGAAUGCAGCCACCAUAGGAUUAUUUUUCAAGACUCCACAGGCAAUUUCAAGGUAAGUCGUCUCCCGCCCUUGUUCCACAGAGAACGAAGAAUUGAGCUAUUUGACAUGGAUUCUCCCAUGGAAAAUCCCACUGUUUAUACUAGGAUUGUGGGUUCUGUCAACGGAUUGAUCUGUAUGUACAGUAAGAUAGAGGAGCCAGUCCUAUGGAACCCCACAAUUCGUAAGUGUAAGAAAUUGCCUACAUUUGGAGCUAAUUUGAGGAGGAGUUGCUCUUAUUAUCUCAAUUAUGGUUUUGGAUAUGAUGAGUCACGUGAUGAUUACAAAGUAGUAGUUAUUCAGUGUAUUUCCGAUGAUGUUGGUUCGUAUGAUACUGUAGUCAACAUUUACAGUUUGAAGACCGAUUCUUGGAGAACAAUUGAUAAGUUUCAAGGCAACUUUUUGAUAAAUUCUUCAGGUAAAUUUGUCGAUGGGAAGCUUUAUUGGGCUUUAUCUGCUGAUGUUGAUACGUUCAAUAUGUGCAACAUCAUUUCUCUUGAUUUAGCAGACGAGACAUGGAAAAGGUUGAUGCUUCCAACUAGUUAUGGAGAAGCCAGAUAUCCUUUGACAUUGGGAGUUGUGGGAAAUGAUCUUUCUGUACUUUGUCUUAAUUGUCAUGAAGGAACUAAUUCUGAUGUGUGGAUUAUGAAGUAUUCUGGAGUUGAAGUGUCAUGGACAAAGAUUUUCACCAUCGAUCAUCCUAAAGAUCUUGGGGAGUUUAUAAUCUUUUCACCGAUUUUCUCUAUACCUUCUUGCCAAUCAAAUAAGGGCGAAAUUUUAUUUUUGCUUCCCCCAACUAUCAUGAUAUAUGAUGGUUCAACCAGACAACUAGAGGCUCUUGAUCACUUUGAGGAAUGCUUUGCUGCAGAAAUCUACGUAGAAAGCCUUGUUGAUCCCCUAUUGAUAGCACACAAUCAUUUAGCUGAUAACUCAUAA